UUACAGGACUCUCCGGGAGACUAAUACGGGAUCAGAAAUAUCAACAUCAUUAAAAUUCACCAUCUGAGGGGAAAACAGGUUCAGAGCCGAGCAGCAUCCAGGAUACGGGCAGACAUGGGGCCCCGGGCUCUGUAUACACUACUGCUACUCCCCUGUCUUCUGGGGCCCCAUGUAAGAAGUGAGGAGCCCCCAGAGGGGGGUGAGGAGCACAAAGACCACCCACCAGGUCCAGGACAUCAUCACUGGAGCUACACAGAUAUUGCAGAGUGGGGCACUGAUUUCCCAGACUGUGGGGGGAUGGCUCAGUCCCCCAUUAAUGUGGACACAAAGAAUACAACCUUCGACCCUCAGUUGACGCCCAUCCAGCUCUCUGGUUACGAUCUUGCAGCUUCGGAAACAUUAAAGUUGGAAAACAACAAACAUACUGUGGUCCUUAAACUACCUGACAGCCUGAAGAUAGUUGGGGGUCUCCCUCAUAUUUACCAAGCAGCCCAGCUUCAUUUCCAUUGGGGGUCCGAGAGCAGCCCAGGGUCCGAGCACACUGUGAAUGGACGACGAUUCCCCGGAGAGAUCCAUGUGGUUCACUAUAACACUGAAUAUAAGAGCAUAGACAAGGCCAUAAAGCAGCCCGGAGGCCUUGCUGUGUUGGCGGCCUUCAUUGAGGAAGGACCUGAGGAUAACCCGGAAUACCAGCAUCUCCUGGAACAUCUGGAGGCGGUGACAGACGGGGGACAAAGUGUAGAGAUUCCGGGGUUUGAUAUCCGCGGGUUAUUACCGCAGCAGCUGGACAGAUACUUCCGGUAUAACGGGUCACUCACCACCCCGCCAUGCUUCCAAACCGUCAACUGGACUAUCUUCAACCAGACCAUUCUACUGUCUGCAAAACAGGUGGCGGUAUUGGAGGACACCAUCCACUUUGACCACGACCACCUCCUGCAGAUGAACUUCAGAGAUCCGCAGCCCCUGAAUGGACGUCGUGUGUUCUCCAGCUUCAGGGGUCCGGUCGGGGGCAGGAAGGCGGCUGGAGCAGCUCCUCAUCCCACAGUCUCCUCUCCGGAAUCUGAUGUCUCCUCCGCACAUGACCCUGAGCCAGGUGGGCACAGCCAGGAGGACCCCCCACUGGGAACAGGGGACAUGCUCGCCAUCAUAUUCGCCAUCCUCUUCACUUUCACGGCCGUGUCCUUCUAUGCAUAUGUAAGGAGAACCCGCAAGACGAACCAAAGGUCGUCAGAUUCUAAAUCCAAUGUCAUCUAUAAAGCGGCGACUGCAGAAGAGAACAUGGCCUGAGGGGCAGCGGAUGAGGGAUGGGGGGCUAUGAGUGUAUAUAGGCUAUAUUGUAGCAACACGAUGGGGGGAGGGAUGUCAACAAUAGAGGGGGUUCCGAGUGUGUGUGGUGGGAAUUGUCACAUGAUGGGGGGUAUUGUCACCAGUAGAGCUCAUCCCGGGUAAUGUUGGGGUCACCAGUAGAGCUCAUCCCAGGUGAUGUUGGGGGUCACCAGUAGAGCUCAUCCCGGGUAAUGUUGGGGUCACCAGUAGAGCUCAUCCCAGGUGAUGUUGGGGGUCACCAGUAGAGCUCAUCCCGGGUAAUGUUGGGGUCACCAGUAGAGCUCAUCCCAGGUGAUGUUGGGGGUCACCAGUAGAGCUCAUCCCGGGUAAUGUUGGGGUCACCAGUAGAGCUCAUCCCAGGUGAUGUUGGGGGUCACCAGUAGAGCUCAUCCCGGGUAAUUUUGGGGUCACCAGUAGAGCUCAUCCCAGGUGAUGUUGGGGGUCACCAGUAGAGCUCAUCCCGUGUAAUGUUGGGGGGGUCACCAGUAGAGCUCAUCCCAGGUGAUGUUGGGGGUCACCAGUAGAGCUCAUCCCGGGUAAUGUUGGGGGGGUCACCAGUAGAGCUCAUCCCAGGUGAUGUUAGGGGUCACCAGUAGAGCUCAUCCCGGGUAAUGUUGGGGGGUCACCAGUAGAGCUCAUCCCAGGUGAUGUUGGGGGUCACCAGUAGAGCUCAUCCCGGGUAAUGUUGGGGGUCACCAGUAGAGCUCAUCCUAGGGAAUUUUGGGGGGGUCACCAGUAGAGCUCAUCCUAGGGGAAUGUUGGGGGUCACCAGUAGCGCUCAUCCCAGGUGAUGUUGGGGGUCAUCAGUAGAGCUCAUAUUAAGGUGAUUUUGGGGGUCACCAGUAGAGCUCAUCCCGGGUAAUGUUGGGUCACCAGUAGAGCUCAUCCUAGGGGAAUGUUGGGGGUCACCAGUAGAGCUCAUCCUAGGGGGAAUGUCGGGGGUCACCAGUAGAGCUCAUCCUGGUAAUGUUGGGGGUCACCAGUAGAGCUCAUCCCGGGUAAUGUUGGGAGUCACCAGUAGAGCUCAUCCUGGGUAAUGUUGGGGGUCACCAGUAGAGCUCAU